GUGGCGGUGGCUGGAAGGUUCCCUCACUUUGACUACGUGCUUACUAGUGACUACUUACGACGUAGAUACCGUAGGCUCCGUAGCGGGAUACUACUAUAUAUACCUCCCCUCCUCUCUCACUGAAUCCCCUGAGCACACCCACGCCCGCCACAGCCCCGUAGUCGACACGCUUUGUAUCCAGUGCGCGCGGAGACAUCAUGGUCUUCAUAGCUGAGAAGAAGUAUGCAUGUGAAGCGUGCAUCAAAGGUCACCGCGCAUCGGUCUGCCAGCAUACCGACCGGCCUCUGUACGAGAUCAAGAGGAAAGGAAGGCCGGUCUCGCAAUGUGACCAUUGCAGGCAGCUGCGCAAGUCGAAGCAAGUACACGUCAAGUGCAUGUGCGCGCUGGACAGAAGCAAUGAUGAAGGAUACGCGUCGUCCUCCGCCUGCGACUGCGAUCGCACGGGGAUAUGUCACUGUUGCACGACCCGCACGCCAUACUCAGGGCGCAAGCCCAAGACCCGCGAAGCCAAAGCAUCUCCUACCCCGCCUUCCUCAGAGCGCGAGGGCUCUGCAGGCGACUACACUCUGGGACCAGCGGAUUUUGUGGAUGCAGCGCACCUCAACGGCCACCGACCACUCCUGUCUAGACCACCGGAGCCUCAACUACAACCACAGUCGCACGAACUCCCGUACGGGGUUUCCUCUGCACCUGCCUGUCAUGCGUCCGGAUCGCACCACCAAUUGGAACCCCAGCCCAUAUCUCACGGCAACAGUUGCUGCUCGCACGGUGCCCCGAGUGAGCAAAUGCACAUGAUCGAGGGACACGCCCCUCCGUACGCACUGGUGCCGCUCCCUGCACAACAUCCAUCUGCCUUCCCGGAAUCGACCCCCUAUUCAUUCGUCGACCUCUCUGCGCCGACAUCUGAGCUCGACGCAUGGAUGGCCGCGUUCCCCACGCCGAUAUCAGUGCCAAUGCAAGCCCAGUCAUGGAAUACGUCGCUUUGCGGAUGCGGCGACGGGUGCGGAUGUCUGGGGUGCCCUGAGCACGACCCCACCGCUGGCGACGCGCCGUGCAUGGACGCGCAUACGUGCCGGAGUUGCUUGGAGUGCAUAUUGGUGACAGCGCCCGAGGUGCAAGGGCAAGACAUGUCGACUGUCGGAGGCGUUCCCGGGCUUGAUGGAGGUGGACAGGAGAAUAGGUCGUUUGAUAUGCAGCCAUUCGGUAUGCAAGCGGACUUUUACCCUACAUCUAGUCUCGUAAUGCCUGGUAAAGCACCAUGAUAUCAGAGCUGAGCACAGAUGGUUCCUCUACCGUGUCGCAUGGCGGUGUUCUUGGACUCUAGCGUCUGCUUGCGAUGGUCCGCCUAUACACUGCUACAGUAAACAACAUGGAAGCUGAAUGUACUCCUCACCAAUGCUACUAGCAUAAUGUAUGAAGAUCAGAAUGUCCCCUCAGAUGAUUCCACCGUUAUUCUUUCGAGUACUUGAAAAAAGGCGCC